UUUUAGAGUCUCACAACUUUACACAAUUAUACCCAAACAAAACUCUCCCUUUCUCCCACAAUUAAAGAAACAAAGUUGCAGGGACCAUGACCACCAUCAUUUUCCCAUGUUUUCCUUACCUUCCAAAUAGGCUUUAUUCUUCAUCUGGCAUCUGAACCCCACUCCUCACAGGCUCACACUAUUCGACCAUUAAACAACAAACACCCACCGUUGUUUUCAUCUCCUCUCCGUUACUCAAAUUUGACCUAAUUUCAUGCUUAUUUCACCUGAACCUCUGAUGUCUUAACAUGUAUCAAUAAUGGAGUCCACCAUACGAUUAUUACUAACCCUCUCAAUAUCACUGCUUCUCAACACUUGUGCUUACUGCAAAAGGCCUGCUGUUGUAAAUGUUGGAGCUCUGUUUUCGUUUGAUUCGGUCAUCGGCAAGGCUGCAAAAACAGCCAUGGAAAUUGCUGUAAUCGAUGUGAACAACGAUUCAAGGAUUCUUAAUGGUACGGAAAUGAAGUUAUUCAUGGAGGACACUAAUUGCAGCGUCUUCAAAGGCUCCAUUGGAGCAUUUCAGAUGCUCGAGCAAGACGUAGUCGCAAUAAUCGGCCCACAAUCAUCAGCUGUAGCUCAUAUGAUUUCUCAGAUCGCAAAUGGCGUACAAGUUCCCAUAGUUUCAUACGCUGCAAGCGAUCCCACUCUAUCUUCCCUCCAAUUCCCUUACUUCUUUCGAACAACACAAAGCGACUCAUACCAGAUGGCAGCCAUGGCUAACUUGAUCGAUUUUUAUGGCUGGAAAGAGGUAAUUGCAAUAUACGUCGAUGAUGAAUAUGGUAGAAACGGAGUGUUUUCUCUAGAUGAUGAAGUAGAAAAGAGGAAAUCAAAGAUUUCUUAUAAGUUAGCUUUACCCACUAAUUAUAAUCUUAAAGAUAUCUCCGAUUUGCUUAAUUAUUCAAUCCCACUUGGCCCUCGUGUUUAUAUCAUCCACAUUCAUCCUGAUCCUGCCCUCAAAAUCUUUCAAGUAGCUAACAAACUUAACAUGAUGACUACCGAUUAUGUAUGGUUAACAACCGAUUGGCUUUGUACAACUUUACCCUCGAUUACCCCAACAAAUCAACCUUCUUUGAAGAUCAUCGAGGGCGUUGUCGGAAUUUGUCAGCAUACUCCACAAACGUCACGAAAAAAGAACUUUGAAUCGAAUGUAUACGGAUCGUAUGCUUAUGACACGGUGUGGGCGGUUGCAAACACAAUCGAUACAUUUCUUAAUCAAGAAACGAAUAUGUCGUUUUCGUUUUUCGAUUCAAAAUUCGGGAAACUUAAGAUCUUCGAUAACGGGAAAGAUUUCGUGAAGAUAUUAUCGGAGACAAAUUUCAACGGUUUGACCGGUCAAAUCCAAUUCAAUACCGAUAGAAACUUGGUUCCUAGAGGAUAUGAAAUCGUUAAUUUCGUUAAAUUAUCGAUUCAAAAUGUUGGGUAUUGGUCGAACCAUUCGGGUCUCUCUAUUGCCCCACCCGAAUCUCUCAAAGUGGAUAAAAGUAAGUUGCCCCGUUUAAAUGAGAAGCUUGGUGUAAUUACUUGGCCCGGUGGAAACACGGAUAGGCCACGUGGAUGGGUUAUUGGUGAUCAAGAAAGACCGUUAAGAAUUGGGAUACCGAAACGGGCGAGUUUUGUUGAAUUUGUAACUGAAUUAAGUAAUCAUACGAUACAAGGAUACUGUAUCGAUGUGUUUACGGAAGCAGUUAAGCUGAUUCCUUAUCAACUUCCUUUUAGAUUUGUCCCGUUUGGAGAUGGUGAAAAGAAUCCAAAUUAUGAUCUACUUGUAAAGUCCGUUACGGACGACGUUUUUGAUGGAGCGGUUGGAGAUAUAGCUAUCGUGACAAAUAGGACAAAGAUUGUUGAUUACACACAACCUUAUGCGACAACGGGUCUCGUGAUUGUGGUUCCUAUCAACGAUUCAAAAGCGAGUGCUUGGGUGUUUCUCAGACCUUUUACUAUAGAAAUGUGGUGCGCUACUACAAUUGCUUUUGUGUUGAUCGCUUUAGUUAUCUGGCUUCUUGAACAUCGGGUUAACGACGAUUUCAGGGGCCCACUUAAACGACAACUUGUCACUAUUUUCUUGUUUAGCUUUUCGACUCUGUUCAAGAGAAACCAGGAAGAUACGGUUAGCCCACUUGGACGUAUGGUAAUGGUGGUAUGGCUAUUCCUAUUAAUGGUGAUCACAUCAAGCUACACCGCAAGCUUAACCUCCAUUCUUACAGUCGAACAACUUUCAUCACCAAUCACAGGAAUAGACGCGUUAGUAGCUAGCCACCUACCAAUCGGCUACCAAGUUGGCUCAUUUGCACAUACCUAUUUAGCCGAAAGUCUUUACAUCCCAAAAUCUAGGCUCAUUCCUUUAGGCUCCCCUCAAGAAUAUGAUAAGGCGUUACGCUUGGGCCCACAUCACGGAGGCGUGGCAGCCAUUGUUGAUGAACUUCCUUACAUCGAGUUGUUUCUCUUGGAAUAUGCUGACUUUCGGAUCGUUGGUCAACCCUUUACUAGAAGCGGAUGGGGAUUCGCUUUCAAGAGAGACUCACCUCUCGCCACGACACUAUCUCUAGCAAUCAUGGAGCUUUCCGAAAAUGGAAAGCUUCAAGAAAUCCACGACAAUUGGUUCUGUAAAGACGGCUGUUCCAGUGCUGUGGGAGCUGAUUCAGAACCUAAUCAGCUACAAAUGAGCAGCUUUUGGGGGUUAUACAUAAUUUGUGGUGCUUUUUCACUCACUGCAUUGGUUUUAUUUCUUCUACAAACGAUUCGUCAGUAUAUUUAUUAUAAACAGCAACAGAUGCUCGAUCCUAGUUCGCCUAUGUUCCCAGCUUCUAGGAACAGGGGCUGCUAUAGCGUCUUGUUUAAUUUUUUUGAUUUUAUUGAUGAAAAAGAAGAAGCUAUUAAGAACAUGUUCAAGAAAGACGAUCUUCCGGAAGCUUCUCGUACUGUUUGAUUUCAUUCCAUAUUGUGCCUGGUACAAUGUAUCAGACACAUUUUUUAUUUUGGGGUUGUAUAUGAACACAUGCAUCUUAAUGUAAAUAUUAUAUGUUGCAUUUUUUUUUUUUUUUUUUGAAAAUA